GUAUACACUCUCCAGCCAGCCAGGCUUAUCCAGUCCACAACUCCUUUCUCCAGAGGGAAUAAAUAUAGGAGAGAAACUAACACCUAACUUGGUGAAGAAGGAGCCUGAGUUGAGAAUGCCACUUCACUUGGCCUGCCUCCUCCUCUGUCUCUGCUUGCUUUACCUCCCUCACGGCUCCACGCCUCAAAUUAUCGGGGUUCCUGUUUUGUCAGGCCCACCAAGGAAAUGUGGGACCGAAGAAUUCUUCAAUAUUGAGACGGGCCAAUGUGGCUCCUGCGCCCAGAAACAGAUGCAGAGCCCUGACGGUGAGUGCGAAAUGGAUGCAAUAACAUAAGUUGCAGGGAGCAGGGUGGCAGUGGAAAGAAUAAUCCCCAUAACUAAGAAGCCAAGCAAGAGGGAGAUUUUUUAUAUAAAAAAAUAUAGUUUUGAACUGCAAGCACUUGAUGUAUCAGGAUCUUAAGGAAGGACCCUUAAAUGAAUCACUGCAAGGUUUUUGAGUGUUCCUCCUCUUUCUAGGCUUGGAGUGCGUUUGUGUAGCUGGACUGAAUGAGACAAAUAAGCAGCCAUCACCUCUCGACUGCCGUGGCUGUGUAAGAACACAUUCCUUCACCGUUCCUUUUUUCUCAUAUGCAGGCAGGCUCUUUCGAUGUUGAAUUUCCCUCUCCCCCUCUCUGCCCCUUCCUCUCCUUCAGAGUAACCUGCCACCCAGCACACUCUGGGAAUCCAUGUUCCUUGACGACAGUUUCCUGAGUUGCAACGUAAGUGGGGUUGGGUUUUUGCUCCACUUCCUCCUCCUUGCAUUGCCAACUUACACUAUUUUGCGGCUUUGCUUGGUAUCCUGGGAAUGUCCCUAGAACAAAGAAUGCUCUCCCCUGCUCCCUCCCAUGAGCUUCUGGGCAGGAUCAGAGCUCUGUUGCCUUUUCACAAUGCCUCUGCACUCACUAGUCAGAUCGCAUGAAGCUGUUAUAAAGCAGGUCAGGCUGUCCGUCUGUUUAGCCUGGAAGCUCUCUAGCCAGUGUAGAGUAGUGGUUAGAGAGUCAGACUAGGAUCUGGGAUAUCAGGGUUCAAAUCCCCACCCAGCUAAGAAGCUCACUGUGUGACCUAGGGCCAGUCACCAAUUUGCCGCCUAACCCUACCUUAGAGUUGUGAGGACUGAACCGAGAGGAGGGGAGAAUAAUGUAUGGCACCUGAGCUCCUUGUAGGAAAGGUGGGUUAUAAAAUGUAAUAAAAGGGUUUUCUGGCAGAUGGAAUAUUUUCCCUCAUCUGCAACCUGAUCCUUUGAACGGAUGAUGCUGAGGACUGUACCUAGAACUUUCUGCCUGAGUUGAAGGGGACCAUUCAGCAGGGCCAAAAAAUCUCAUUGAGGGUACAAAAUUUGGGGUUUUAAAAAAAUAAUAAAUAAAUAAAUUGGUAGGUUUAAAGCAGAGUUAAAAAGCUUGGAAGCUGGAACUACCCAGUGACAUCACCACCUGUUCUUAUCACAUGCCCACAUCACACGAGAGCAAAUAAAACACACAGAGCCCCCAUUGGUAAAGAAAGGUUCUUUACUUACAGUUUCUUCAUAUUAACAAGGAUGGCUUUGGAGUCUAAGCCACCUGGGAGCUAGUCCUCAUGGCUGCUUCUUGCAGGAGAGAAAGUGGGUGAAGUUUAAAAGCUAUCUGUUAGUCUCAGCCCUGACCUCUACUGGCUGGAGGCAGGCAAGGAGGGAAUGGGGCCUACAAAGACUCCUGAGGCCUGGAUAAACAGUCCUGUAUUUGGGUCUCAAGUUCACCACCCCCUGCUUUACAUUCUCUGUCAGCGACCCCACGACUGACACACAUGUCAUCUUCUGCAAGUUGCUGUCCCAGCUGUCCUGUGUAUUCUGUGAGAUUCCUCCUCCUGCAUCUGACAUCUGUGUUAAUGUUUAAUGCCAAACAGAAAGACCCGGGAGGCCUUGCAAAGGCCUUUUCUCUGGAUUUAGGUGCUCAUCUAUCUCCAGCUCUCCUUCAAGCUCUUGCGCAGGAAAGUCUUCACCUUUUUUCAGUUUUACUUUUCUCUAGAACACCUGCAAUGUGACGGCCUGCCAAAUUCUCACAAACAUGGUUAUUAUGGAAGCCUUCUCAUUACAAAACCGGGCCUAUGAUCUCUAUACGAAGACCAAGUAAGUAUCCAUCAAUCUUGGUGCAAGGAGGUAUUUAUAGCCUACUCGUAAUAUAUUUCAUGUGUGGCAUUUUUUGAAGUAAACUGCAUAUCUGGAGGGCCUGAUCCACAUAGGGAAUUGGCUUGUGGGGCCUUAAUCCUGCCCCUUCUGUGCUGCAGUCUCGGUCUGGAGGAGCCCCAUGGCUGGUGAUUUUGUGGGACCUUCUUUCCUAAUGCAAAUAUACCAGCAGUAAGGCUAUAUAGUCGUACCUCAGAAGUCGAACAGAAUCCAUUCUGGCAGUCCGUUUAACUUCUGAAACGUUUGACUUCCAAAGCACAGCUUCUGAUUGGAGCUUCCUGCGGCCAGUCGGAAGCCACAGGCAGACAUUCGGCUUCCAAAAGAACGUUCGAAAACUGGAACACUCACUUCUGGUUUCCGAUUGUUCAGGAGCCGAAACGCUCGACUCCCAAGGCAUUCAGGAGCUGAGGUACUACUGUAGUGUAUGAACUGGCAUCACAUUUAGCCUGACCUUAAAAGUUUCUAUUCGUAUGAGAGCAUUGCUGCUUCUCAGAUAAAUCCUCACUGCAUUUUCUUCUCAGAAGCCAAGAUCUUCCAAAGCUGUGGUACGGUAGUCAUAGAGGAACAUCCCCUCGGAUGGUUUUUGGGAAGACUUCGAAGGCAAGUCCAAGCAGGCACAAACACUGGCAUUUGCUGUGUUUAUGUGUGUGAGACACACACACACAGAGAGAGACAGAGACAGAGAAAGCAAGCAAGAGAAAAUAAAUUACGAUUGUGUACACAUUACAGUAACACAUGGGGUAACUAGGGUGACACGAGAAAACAUUGCUUAGUUUAAAGGGCCUGGAUGGAAGAAUUGCUGGGGGAUUAAUUGCUGCUAAAGCUCAGCUCUGCAACCUGUUCUUAACUCUGGGACUCAGCAAUCAUAAACUGGAAGCAAUAGGGGGUGUCUCUAAGCAUGUGCAGAGUGUCAUUGACUUCUGAACAACCUCAGCCCAUUUCCCAGCACCUAGGAUUAUGACGCAAACGUUCCAGGAUGACAUGUGUUGCCUCAGGCAAGCUUGAGGUCUUAUUCUCUUUGUAGAUAUUAAUUACUGUUGUCUAGUCUGCUGCCAGUCAUUAUUAGCUUUUUUAAAAAAUUGAGCUGAAUAGACUAUAGGACUGUUUUUGCAGAAGGGCCUUUUAAGGUGUACAGAAGCUGGCUGAGAACAUUGGCCUCCAGUUACUGUCUUUCCCCUCAUCUCUACAGAUUGACUUUAAGGUCGUAAAGUACAAUGUGCUUGGAAAGUUCUUAGGCUGGGAAGACGUGAGAGGAGAGACGUUGCAAGUGAGUCAGUUUCUUUCUGUUCUCGGUAAUAUUGCUGUUUUUGCUGCAGUUCCAAUGGAAUGUCAGCUUAGAAGAGAGGUUGGAGAAUUUUUUUAUAUAGUCACCCCCACUGUUUAUCCCUCAGCUACUGUUAUUCAUUAGUAGAUUGCCCUGAAACUGGAGGUUCCAUCUAACCAUCAUGCCCAGCAGCCACUGAUAGACCUCUUACUCCUUUCCUCCCCAUCCUCCUUCCCCACUUCAUCAAUGUCUCUAACCCUGUUUGAAAGAGGUCUAAGCCAGCAGCCACCUUCAUAUCUUGGCCAGCAAGUUCCCUGGGGCAGCUCCUCAGCAACUAACCUCCUUGCACAGGAUGGUUCUGAGAAUAAAAUGAUACUGUGUGUAUGUCAGGGAACUGCCAUCGGAAGGAAGGGAGGUGAAAGGGCUCACACAGGUUGGGAGAGACUCAGCAGCUGAAGAGGGAACCAGUAGGGGAGAGGAGCUGAGCUGAGGGAAAGUGAGCUGGAGGGAUGGCUCAGAGACACUUCCAGCGAAAACAGUGGGGAGGUUUCAGGACCUCCUGUAGGAACACCCACUCCUCGCCGGAAACUGUCACGCAGAGAGUCCAGAAGACGUGUUUCCGUUAAGGAGCUUUUAUGUUGGAAGCGAUUCCGAAAGCAACCACUGUCGGAAUCUGCUAGUGACUAGAGGAGCCAUGUCUGAGGGCUCCGUCACAGACAGAGGUUUGUGGACUUGAACAAACUCUGAGGGGAUACUAUUUUACGCACAAGCAGCUCAUCAUCCCAUCACAGCAUUCCGACAGUCUUUGAAAGCAGCUUGUGCAGGAGAAGGCAUCAUGAGCAACCCAGCCGGAACCGGAGAAGCAGGAGCUGGAGCGGGUCCAAGCCUGGAAGAAAGGUACCGGGUGUUGGAGGUCCAGCUAGCGCUGCAGACGGCGAGGCUUGAGGAGAGGAGGGCUCAGGAUGCAGACAAAAGGGAAAGCCACCCAGCUCGCCAGAAAGGUACCAGGAUUGGUGCAGAAGUUUGGGGAGCCCAAAGACUAUCAUGGCUUUCGGACAGAGAUGCAAUAUGCCCUCAAUCUGCAGUUUGAUGAAUUCCCUGACGAGGAAUCACGAGUGGGUUUCGUGAUUGGGCAUCUUGAAAAGGGGCGAGAGACUGGGUUAGACCCCUGAUGGCAGCGAAUAGUGACGUCCUAAAGGACACGAUGAAGUUCUUUCGCGCCAUGGAUCUGAUGUUUUCCAGCGAUAUUGAACAGGGAGUGGUGCGCAGACAGUUAAUGGCUUGCAAACAGGGGGCCGAUCUGUCCGUGAGUACUGGACUGAGUUCACCAUGCUGGUUCACAGAUUGGGGUGGGACUUAUCGGCGGAACCCAUUCAAAUGCUCUUUGAAGAAGGGCUUUCUUCGGCUGUGAAAGACGAACUUUCCCGGGCGCCCAGGGCGGAGUCUAUGGACCAGCUGACCAAAUCAGCGCUGACCAUAGGAGCGCGCCAGGAGGCGAGAGCAUUGGAGAGGCGGGAAGGGAAGGGGAGCGUUGGAAGGAGUUCCGCAUUCCAGACAUUCCAGAGCCAACUUUCCCGCCGGCAGAGCCGAUGGAAAUCGGAACAGCGCGCGCGCGCAGUUUCAAAGCCCAGUGAGGGGAAAGAAGGAGGGAAAACGCGCCCGGAAAUGCUAUCUCUGCCAACAGCCAGGUCACUUUGCCAGAGUCUGCCCCCAGAGGAAGGAAUGGCAAGGGAUGGUAGGAGCUGUGGAGGGAAGAGAGGAAGAAAUACCGGAGCAAGUAAAAGCCAACGCCUGGCUGCCACCGUCGGGGCACAGCAGCCAGGCCAAAGAGCAGUGAGAGUGCCCACGCCAGAACCUCCUAAACCCGCCCUAGUGAUAGAAGUGGCGCUAGAGCUGCCAAACGGACACCCUCUAAAGAUAAAGGCGCUGUUGGACUCAGGCAGCUCCUGCAAUUUCAUGAGCAAAGAGUUUGCAGCUGAACACCAGAUACAGACGAUCCCUUUAAGCAACCCCUGCAGGUGACCACGAUCGAUGGCAGGGAGCUGUUGGGAGGAGAAGUCAGCUUGCAGACCGUCCCAAUGAUAAUGAAGGUGGCAAGGCACACCGAACUGAUAGCGUUUAAUGUGGCCACCUUGGGAGGAGCUCCCAUUAUAUUGGGGAUGAGCUGGCUAGCGUUACAUGAUCCGCUGGUGGGCUGGCAUCAGAGAGUGGUUUCUUUUGGUUCAGCACAUUGCUUAGAACACUGCAAAGAGGAAAGGGUUUGGCAGGGGCCCAAGCCACCCUAGCAGGGACUGAAGUAACGGAGAACGUGAAGGUACCACGACAAUACGCAGAUCUCCGCGACGUCUUCAGCGAAAGGGAAGCUGACCAACUACCCCGCAUAGACCCUUUGACUGUCAAAUCAAUUUACUCCCUGGGGCACAGCUCCCUGUAGGCAAGCUGUACGCCAUGUCAGACAGAGAGAUGCAGGAGCUAAGAGAGUUCAUUGACAAGAACCUGAAGAGAGGGUUCAUCAGAGAGUCCAGGGCGGUGGGGGCAGCCCAGUGUUUUUGUGGAUAAAAAAACACGAACAAGCCGAGGCUGGUGUGUGACUUCAGGGCCUUAAAUGCAGUGUCAGAACCAGUGGCCUUCCCUAUGCCCAGGAUUGACGACAUUUUGACAAGGGUGCGGAAGGGAAAGAUUUUCACAAAGCUGGACCUAAGGGGGGCGUACAACCUGAUACGAAUAAGGAAGGGGGAUGAAUGGAAAACCACCAUGUUCACCCCUUUAGGGGCAUUUGAAUAUUUGGUUAUGCCCUUCGGCCUACAAGCAGGCUCCGCAUGCUUUCAAUCGUUAUGAACCACGUCCUGGGGCCUUUGCUUUACAAGAAUUGUGUGGCCUUCUUAGACGACGUGUUGGUGUAUUCUGAGAAUGAGGAGCAGCAUGUGAGAGACGUCAGAGAAGUGUUGAGCAGGCUGCAAGCCAACCAGCUGUGGGUGAAACUGGAGAAGUGUCAGUUUCAUACCAAGGAGGUGGAAUUCCUGGGGUAUCGCCUGUCAGACAAGGGAUUGGCCAUGGAUCCCGGCAAGGUCCAGGCGGUGCUGGAAUGGAAAACACCCAAAACAAGGAAGGAUGUGCAGAGGUUCCUAGGAUUUGGGAACUUCUAUCGUAAGUUCAUCCGAAACUUUGCCCACCUGACGGCGCCCAUUACGGACUGUCUCAGCAGUAAGAAGAAGUUCGUUUGGACUGAGGAGGCGGAGCGAGCAUUUGAGGAACUAAAAGGGCCUUCGCCUCGGAACAACAACUCCUGCAUGUGGAUUUACAAAAACCGAUGAGAGUGGAAACUGACGCAUCAGACAGAGCGGUUGGGGCGGUGCUUCUGCAGCCAGGGAAGGAGGAGUCAGAGUGGAGACCGUGUGCUUUUUUCGCGAAAGCUGAACAAAUCCGAGAGGAACUACACGGUGUAUGACCGAGAACUACUAGCCAUUCAUGAGGCGUUCCGGAGAUGGAGGCACCUGCUAAUUGGCGCACAACAUAAGGUGCAAGUGUGCACUGACCACAAGAACCUAGAGUAUUGGAGGACGGCACGAGUGCUCAGCCAACGGCAAGUGAGAUGGGCCCAGGAGUUCUCCAAAUUUAACUUUGAGAUUGGUUACGUGCCAGGCCCAGAGAACAUUAGGGCGGACGCUCUCUCACGCAAACCUGAAUAUUUGGAGGGAGGGAGCACCCGAAGAGAGACAUGUCAUUCCAGAGGACCGCUGGGUGUGUGGGGCGGCAUUGGUGGGACAAAGAGAACUGGUAGAGGAAACAGAGAAUGAUGAAUACGCCCAGAAUAAGCUCAGAGGUCUUAGGGGUGAGGGAGAGGAACCAGGGGUUUCGAGGAAAGAAAUGGACCUUUCUAUUACAAAGGGCAACUGGAUAUACCUGAAGGAGCCAAAAGGGGCAGGGUACUCAAGCACUUGCACGACAGCCCUAAGGCGGGGCAUAUUGGACAACACAAAACCAAGACGAUUGUCACCAGGGACAUAUGGUCGCCUAAGGUGAUGGAAGAAGAACGUGAGUAUGAAAGACGGAGCGAGCAAUGCCAGAGACCAAAAGGGGAAAGGCGGGCGCCGGCGGGGCUGUUAGAACCCUUACCAACCCCAGAGCGACCUUGGGAGGCAGUGUCGAUAGAUUUUAUGACUGAUCUGCCGAAGUCCAAAGGAAAACAGCCAUCAUGGUGGUGGUAGACCUACUAACAAAGAUGUGCCACUGUGUAGCUUGCUCGCAUGCAGUCACGGCGGAAGAGACAGCGAAGUUAUUUGUAGAACACAUUUUUAGGUUGCACGGGGUGCCAUUGAGGGUGGUCUCAGACCGAGGAAAACAAUUUACUUCCAGGUUCUGGAGGAAGCUCAUGAGCUUACUGCAGGUGGAGGUCAAUUUUUCGACUGCCCGGCACCCUGAAACCAACGGGCAGGCGGAAAGAGCAAGCGGUGUCCUCCAGCAAUACCUGAGGUGUUAUGUCAAUGACAGAGAGAAUGACUGGGUAGAAAAGUUGGCGCUGGCGGAAUUUGCCUACAACAAUGCCGAGAAUGUGUCCACAGGGAUGAGCCCCUUCUUGGCUAAUUAUGGGUGUCAUCCCAGGGCUUUACCAGGGGGAGAUGGGGAGGGAUGGAGCGUCCCGGCAGCCGAGCAUUUUGUGGAAGAAAUGGAAGCAAUCCAUCGUCAGCUCCAACUCAACUUAGAAAGGGCGAAGGAAGAAUACAAGAGGCAGGCAGACAAGAACCGAAGGGAAGGUGAAACCAUAAGGGUGGGAGAUAGGGUGUGGCUGUCAACCCAAGGGUUGCCGUUCAAAGGAGGUUGUAAGAAAUUAAGACCCAGGAGGUUGGGUCCCUUUGAGGUCAUUCAACAGGUCAACCCAGUGGCUUUCAGGCUCCGGUUACCCAACCACAUGAAACUGCACCCAGUAUUUCACAGGUCGUUACUGUCACCGUACGAAGGGGACGAGAAGGGAUGGCCACUCGGGGACCGGUCAUAGAAGAAAGAGAAUGCAGCAGCCAUGUGGCAGAAAUCCUCGACGCCAGGUGGAGGGGGAUCAGGUGGAGUAUUUGGUAGCGUGGGAAGGAGAACCGGAGUCAGAAAACACUUGGGUAAUGGCCGAAGAUAUCAAUGACGAGGUAUUGGUAGAAACGUUCCAUCAAAGGUUCCCAAGGAAACCUCAGCCUGUGGAGAGGUUCCGGAGGGAUACUUUGGGACCACUGAUGAGGAGGAGGAGUUGGAAGGAUUCCCGGACUCGGAAGGGGAAGGGGAUGGACUCUGAGGAGGAGGAGUACUUCGAGACCAGGAACCGCAACAGGUGGAGAGAAGUGUUCGAGACAUCGGAAGAUGAAGGAAGUUCAUUCCGGGGUUUGCCUCCUCACCGCCCGUAGAGGAGGGGGCGAGAGGGGUGAAAGGGGCCCUGGAGGGAGGUGGAUCUCAGGGAACUGCCCUCGGAAGGAAGGGCGGAGACAGGGCUCACACAGGUUGGGAGAGACUCAGCAGCUGAAGAGGGAACCAGUAGGGGAGAGGAGCUGAGCUGAGGGAAAGUGAGCUGGAGGGAUGGCUCAGAGACACUUCCAGCGAAAACAGUGGGGAGGUUUCAGGACCUCCUGUAGGAACACCCACUCCUCGCCGGAAACUGUCACGCAGAGAGUCCAGAAGACGUGUUUCCGUUAAGGAGCUUUUAUGUUGGAAGCGAUUCCGAAAGCAACCACUGUCGGAAUCUGCUAGUGACUAGAGGAGCCAUGUCUGAGGGGCUCCGUCACAGACAGAGGUUUGUGGACUUGAACAAACUCUGAGGGGAUACUAUUUUACGCACAAGCAGCUCAUCAUCCCAUCACAGUGUAUUCUCUGCCCUCCUUGAAGGAAGGACUGGAUAACAUAAUUUAAAAUUUAAUAGAAGUCUCAGCUUAUCUCAGUGCAGCAUACUAGUUUAACACGUGUAAUUAGCAGGAUUUGCAUGUUCGUUUCAUGGGCAUUCGGGAAGAAAAAGUAUGUGUGCAAGGCUGUGUGCAAUUUCUGCCUCUUCUUUUCUUUCCAUCUUCUUAGCUCUGCCCAGACAGACAGAGUGUCAUGGAUGCUGCCUUUGUGUUUGGAACAUCAUACAGCCAGUCUGUAAGUGUUGGCUUUAGUGCAAGACAGCUUUCCCCUUCUAAGAUCCCAGGGGGGUGGCUAACCUUUUUCAGCCUGAGGUUUGCAUUGCCGCAUUGGAACCUCUCUGGGGGCUGAAUGCCAGUAGUGGGUGUGGCCCCCACCAGGACCGGCCCACCCAUGAGGCAAGGUGAGGCGACUGCCUUGAGCACUCAACACACUUUUUAGACAUUCAUCAUUUCGCGACACAGUAAUUCAGUUUUGCUAGCAAACCGGAGAUUAAACUAAUCCCUUUCCAGCCCUGGGAGGAGUGUGGGAAGCGUUUGUGCAACACACUGCAGCCGACACACUAACACACAAUUUGGAAAGCUCUGCUUUAUGGCAUAGAUUGGGGAGGGGGGCCGUUCAGCCCAAUGGCUUCAUUCCACUACUGGAAAGCAUUUCAAGGGCCAGAUGCCAGUGGUGGGUGGUAGGAGGAGUCAGAGGCAAAAGUGGGCAGGGCAACAGAUGUAAAUAUUACCUUUGUACAGUAGCCUAGUUUCUACUGCCACACACCUCUCUGUCCUCCAUCCAGACAAACAGGGGCCAUGAUCAGAAUUCAAGGACACAUUCUAGCCAGGCAAAAACACUAAAGGAGGGUGUGAAGCAGGGCCUGGGGGAAGGGUGUGUGGCCCAGGGAAAGUUCUGAGGGCUGGAGAGAGACGCCUGGCCCCAGGGCCUGGGAUUCCCUACCCUUGGCAAUGAUAGGUUUAACACUACUCUGCAGUAUGGAAGAAAAACGGCAUCUUAACAUAAGGAAAUGAGUGGGUGAUAAAACUGGCAUCUGUUGCAGCCUUGAGCCAUUGCUGUAAUAAUUCAUUUGAAUCAGAGUCUGUGCAAAGUGUUUUUACAACACUCAUCUCACUUAUGUAUAUGUUAUGGCAGAGAACCCUGACUGUUGUGGCAUACCCUCUCCUUAAAGCUAAAUCACACUCUUUUCAGUGAAGAUGACUGCUGUGUAUAGAACUGCAGGCUUAAUUCGUUUUUGCAUGGGGCGGUAAUCUAUGUUGUUCUUUUUUUAACUGAGUAAAUAAAUAAGGACAACUCAGAAGAGUAAAUAGAUUCACCCUCUCCCCUGCAGAAUCUUUUUUUGGCACAGUGAAGAGAUAUGUGGUAGUAUCUAAUAAUUUUCCAUUUUAUAGUGCACCCUCGACGUCUUGGCCCUGCUGCAAGGUGUCCCUGAACCUGUCUUUUAUGAGAUGUUCUUACAGUAUGAGGAUGAAGAAGGACAUGUCCGACUGUGGCCAGUCCCUGUAGAGAAUCCAGCAAUACUUACAAACAACCAAGGUGAGCCUUUCCUUGGCUGUGUACACACAAGAUACAUUUAGAGCACAUUUCAAGCACUCAGCUUCCCCCCCAUAAUCCUGGGAAUUGUAGCUUGCCCAUCAUAGAGCGGCAGUUCGCAGCACCCUUAAGAAACUAGAGUUCUCAGGAUUCUUUGAAGGAUGAUGUUUCAGAGGGUUAGGGAUGGGGUUAGAGAGUUAGGAGCUUUGGGUAUUAUCACCCAUACAAACCUUUACUUCUCCAUCAUCAUCGCUCUCUCCUCAGUCUCUUCCCCUCUUCUCUUCCCUUAGCCUUUGUGCUCCUGACUUUUGGAUGCACAACUAAUUUCUUUAGUUCUUCUACCCCACUUUUCCAAAGCGGAAAGCUUUUAGUGCCAUCUUUACAACCUUUAGUGAUCUUUUUGAAGCACACAUCCUCUGGCAAGGUAUUUGCAGCAGGCUAUACAUAAGGGCAAUGAAGCAUUACAUGCAGGUGAGCGAGUAGGCUGGCGGUGGAGGAGGAGGAAUGAAGUGCUCUCCCGCUCUGUGAAAGCAAGCCAGCUGCCAAAUGAGAGAAAGACCCCUUUUCUGCACCCAGUACACAGGACAGAACCCCAGAAGACUAGUAAACAGUUGUGCAGGCUAGUAACACUUUGUGGGGCUGUUUACAAGACUGAUACUUGACGCAUACCUUGCAGCCUCAGCUUUUCAACACGCACUCACUAGAUUUGAGUCCAGUAACAUUACAACAGUUUUCUCUAAAGCCAUGACUGUAUACAUGCUACCGUUUACUCUGCAUCAAACAACAUUAGCCACCAAUCCAUGUCGAUCCUGUAUUUAUCCUGUUGUUUCUUAUGAAAUAGGGACGCGGGUGGCGCUGUGGGUUAAACCACAGAGCCUAGGGUCAGAAGGUCAGUGGUUCGAAUCUCCGCAACGGGGUGAGCUCCCAUUGCUCGGUCCCUGCUCCUGCCAACGUAGCAGUUCGAAAGCACAACAGUGCAAGUAGAUAAAUAGGUAGCGCUCCGGCGGGAAGGUAAACGGCGUUUCUGUGCACUGCUCUGGUUCGCCAGAAGCAGCUUAGUCAUGCUGGCCACGUGACCUGGAAGCUGUACGCCAGCUCCCUCAGCCAGUAAAGCGAGAUGAGUGCCGCAACCCCAGAGGCGUCCGCGACUGGACUUAAACGGUCAGGGGUCCCUUUACCUUUCUUAUGAAAUACUGAGUUUAGAUGUAAGUUCCCCUCCCCUCAAAAGAGCCUCCCCCCAACUUUAAUCCAAACUGGGAAAAAUAACAACCUAGCUGCAUCCUAAGCUGGCAAUGUGUACACAUCCUAUUUAGCUUAACAUUUGCAGACUGCCACAGUGGUAGCUAAUCUUUUCUUUGGGCUAAGGGCCUCAUUGACUCGUGGCCAGCUCUUCAUGGUGAAGUGGGUGUGGCAGAGCUGGAAAUGUGGAUGUAGUCAGUAACGUUAGAAGAAUCAUAGAAUCAUAGAGUUGGAAGAGUCCUGCUGGAUCAGGCCGAUGGCCCAUCUAGUGCAGCAUCUUGUUUUCACUGUGGCCAGCCAGAUGCCUAUGGGAAAUCCUCAAGCAGGAUCCGAGCACGUGAACACUGUCCCCUUGUGUGAUCUCCAGCAACUGGUAUUUGGAAGCAUUACUGCUUCCAGCUGUGGAGGAAGAGCAUAGACAUCAUGAUAAGUAGCCUAGCCAUCAAUAGCCCUACUCUCCAGGAAUUUGUGCAAACCACUUUUAAAGCCAGCUAAGCUGGUGGCCAUGACUGUCUCCUGUGGGAGCCAUUUCCCUAUUUCGACUAUGUGUUGACUUAAUGCUUUCUUUAAUUACAAAGAAUACAUAGAAUUGACUACUCAGUAUACAGUGUGCUGCAUCAUACAAUACAUAGAACACAAUAUACAGUGCAUCUUUGUCAGAUGCUGUGUUUCAUUAUUUCCCUCUCAAUGGUACAAAGGGCUGAGUCUUCAGCAUAUAAAGGCUUUUGCUCUCCACCACCCCCACCCCCAAUGAUUUUUCCAGCAUCCCAUCUCCGAAGAUUCUUUCUGGUUGACGGGCUCUCUGGCAGAAAAGUAAACCUGACGAAUGUCCCAGCAACUGUUACAUUUGCAGCAGAAUUGAUCCUCAGGUAAUAGUAGUAGUAGUAGUAGUAGUAGUAGUAACGCGCAGACGUGUGCUGCAAUUGCGGGUGUGGAGUGUGGGGCAGGGAUUUGGAGAAUGAGUGUUCCUGCAGUUAGUUCAGUAAUCAAAUCUCCUACCCAUUUUAAUCUUCCUUGAAGGUCUUGUCUUGAUGGGUAGGUUAAUCAGGAGAUUGUGUGGAUUUUAACCGCUGCAAAAAUCCCUGAUUCUUGCAUUAAUAGAGGGGAAUAAGCAGUUAAUUUGGGCAUAUCUGGGACAAACAAGGCUUGUGUCUUGGCUAAAUGGAACAAGCACUUUUUUGUUUGUUUGUUUGUUUGUUUGUUUGUUUGUUUAGAAAUGCAAAUAGCAGCUGUUGUGUGUGUGGUCAUUAUCAGGCUCUCAACAAGCAAAGAGGGAGAGUUUAACCCUUUCCUCUCUGCUGUAGUCCUGAUUAUUACCUUUCCUUUGAGGAAAUCCUGUUUUUUGAGGACAUCGCCCACUGGCUCCCAAGAGUUUCCCUUGAAAUGCAACCAGCUGCUUCAGAGAGAUUAUUUUUGUUGGCACCCAGGUGGGGAGUUUGUAUUAAAUUUUCCCUCCCUACCACCCCCAGCCUCAAUGAUGCUAUUUACAUAGCAAGAAACAUGCAGAUAAGCUGCAUUUACGCAAUUACGGUAAUUUGACUUCUCAGAUCGCCCCCCCCCCCAGGCCAAAUGCAGCCCUACAGGCAUCCUCACUGGACCUCCUUUAUGCCUUCCUCUCCUGAUAAUUACAAGGGGAGGCGGAUUGGGACGAGAGGGUGGAGUUGCACCCUAGUGAAAGGCCGGAGGUCUGGGAGGUGCUGAUCUGGAUGUUGGGGGUGGGGAGCAGGUUGUCUGGAGAGAGUCCUACCUCAGCGUCAUAGAAUGCCUAUAAUGCAGGGGCUGGGUUGCCUGGCGUGACUCCAACACUGCCUCAGGACGCUGCUUGCUGAGUCAGACUCACUGCUCCAUCUAUCUCUGUAUUGUCUACACUGACCGGCAGUGCUCCUGCAGUGUUUCAGGCAGGCAGUCUUUCCCUGCCUUGAGAUGGUGGGGAUUGAACCUGGGACCUUCUGCAUGCAAAGCAGAUUCUCUGCCACUGAGCCAUGACCCUUUGGGCUGGAUAAUCUCCCCCACCCCUGCUGCCCUAAGGCAUCUGUGCUGGACCCACCAGCAUCCUCUGAUUCUGCACGUUUUUAGUACAUUGACCUUGGCUCGCUUCUGCCCAAUUAGCACCUUUUUCCUCCGCUGCAACUCGUUUUCUCUGCAGAGGCAGAGCGAUUCAUCACUCCUUCCUCUAAUUGCUGGCUUUGUCCUCCGGUUAACCUUCUUUUCCCUCUUCCUUUCUCCUGGCUUAUACAGUGUAUACCUGCCAACCGGGACUCCUGGAGGAGACAACCCCCCUUUCCUGCUGACAGUGAAAUAUGCAAGGCGGAGCAGCACUGGAGUCGCUCAGGCAAGGGGGGGCAAGGGGGGGCUCGUCCUCCCCUUCACCCACAGCUGCUCUUCCAGGAGGGAGAGAAAUACAUGUGUGCGGCAGCAGCUGAAACAAUAAGGCUGGCUCCAUUCCCCCCCUUCCAUUUUCCCCUUCCCUCCAGCAGCUGUUGCUUCAGCAGGUGUUAAUUAGAACCAGGUUUGUGCUGGGAGAUUGUCAGGGCUGAAAGCAAAGGCGCCCACCUGCCUGGAUGCUGGCCUGCCUUUCCCCCUGCAAGGAAGCUGCCUCUGCCAAUCAGAUGAGAAGUCACCCAGGAAACAGGCAGCGCAAGUGGAGGCAGGCUGGCUAAGCAAGGCCAUGUCUGCCGUAGUAGCUCAGCAGUAGAGAAGCUGCCUUGCAUGCAGAAGGUCCCAGGUUCAAUCCCUGGGAUCUUCAGUUUGGGGCAGGGAAAGCUGGCAGGUGAUGGGAAAGACUUUUCUCUGCCCAGGACCCCAAAGAGCCACUUCAUAGUAGAUUAAGAGUGUACAGGUGAUAAAGUUUUAAAGGAGGGUUAGACAAAUUUGUGGAGGAUAAAUAAGACUUAAUGGAUACUAGCUGUGAUGGCCAUGUUCUGCCUUCACUGUUAGAGGCAGCAUGAGAAUCACAAGUGGGGAGAGAGCUGUUCCCUUCAGAUCCUGGGGAUCAGCUUCCUAUAGUCCAAAUUAAAGUUGAUUGGGAGUCAUGUGCAACAAACCUGCUUCCUCCAAAAUGUCAGGCUUCUUGCAAUAAGGAGUGUGAGAGGAAAUGCACUCGUAAGUGUGGGAUAACACUUGCUUUGAUGCUAUCCAACCCCCUGCAACAAAAUUAGAAUGAAUGGUCAAAAAGUCAAUGUUGUCUAAUCUCCCUGCAGAUAAUCUCCCAACCAGUAAACUGGUUGUCUGGAAGCACCAUCAGACCCAAAACCUUUAAGCAUCAUCCAGCAUGCAGCUCUCUGUCCCUUGAGUCUUCCUCCUUCCCUUGCCUGCCUGCCCGUCUUCAAUCGGUGCUCUCACUCCUUCCUUUUGCACACUCUGCUGUUCCCCUACAACUCAAGUUGGUUAUGCAUAGCACAGGAGGAUUCCCUUUGCUACUUGGCUUCGACUCUGCAGUCUCAUUGAUUUACUUGGUGUGAUGGGUUUUCAGCAAGAGGAGAGAAAUGCUGUCUCUGACAGUGUGGUUUGCUGAACAAGGGGAAACACUGAUGGACAAAGUCACUGAGAAAUGAGCCCGCCAUUAUUUCUGUUAACGUAGCAUGCCAGGGAUGCUGUUCCUUGCAUAUGCAGAAGAGGAAAAUCCUGUAUAAAUAUACUAAUGCUGAGUGUGGAUACUUCCCUAGCCAAAAUGGCACCAAUCAUGCUCAAGCCAGAGGUAUUAGCAGGCUUAGAAGAACUUUAAGCUUGUUGGGGUGGUGGGGGAGGGGGAAGAAUGCUUAAGAGGGAUGACCCCCAAAAGUUAACAACAGUCCAAUGAAAAACUGGGCACUCUCUGUGGGCAUGGAAUUGUGACUGGCUGUUGGGAGCAAGGGGAAAGAAAACUAGGAUGGGGAAAUGGAAUGGAGUAUCCAGGGCAAGGGCCUUGCUGGAACACUGAACAGUAGCACUCCACACAGUUCUCACGUGCAUGUUGCAAAAAAAAAUAAUCCAUGCAGAAUCAGACAGGUUGUUUAAUAACAUUUUGAAAUGGGUUACAAGCUUCCAGGGUUUCAAGAGUGCGAAGAUCCCAGAGCAAUUCAGAUUAUGUCUCCUGCCAGCUUACCCAAACUUUGCACGAUGUUUUCCAAAGCUUCUGACAAUAAUGACGUCAGCUGAAGCUGUGCCCACAGCCUGCAGCUAACAGGCCUGCUUUCUUCCUAUUAUUACUUCUCUGUUGUGCUAUUUCUUUUCAGGUGUCAUUUUCAGUCUCUUAUAUUCAGGAUCCUGGAACGGCUCAGCAAGCUACAGAUGUGAGUAACUCUCAUGGCAGGAUUCCAGAAGGGUAGCUGUUCCUGGGUUUGCUCUUCCUGGGAAGCUCUUCCUGGGUUUGCUGUGCAGACUCAUAGGUUUAGGGCAGCUUAAGCUUUCAUGGGCCCACAGACAGACUAGUGAAAAUAACACACAAAAAAUUGCAUUAUAUUAGGAAAGAGUGCUUAGCAAAAAUGUGUAUAUUUGGAGAAAAUCACACUAAAAUGGUGGUGCAUUUUAUUGAGCACUUAAAAAAAGAAAGAAAGAAUUUGCAAACCAAUGUGGAGAGGAUAACUGAAGAAUGGAAAAAUAAGAAACAGAAAAAACCAAAACAAGACCGGUUCACUCAUCCCUAUGGAUGACACAUCUGCUUCUGUCCUCCAUCCCUGCCCUCUCUCUUGAUAGAUUGCAUUUGGAGCCCUGGGAUUCCUUGCAAUCAUCUAUGCCUUCCUGGAGACCAGCACCUGGACCCGACGAUCUCGACUUCCAAACAUAAGUUUUAUGGUAAGUUUUCCUUUCAUGGGUGAGCUGCUGGAAAUUCUUGCAGUCGCAAGAAUGAUGUGUUCCUUGAUUUCCUCUUCCUUUGUUGGGCAGACAUGGCAGGUAUUUUUCUGCCUAUUUACACUUUGCUAGCAGAAACCUGGCUAUAGAUGAUAGUGCAGGUUCCAUUUUGCUCCAUUUGCAGUGCAGUCCUUCUCUUCCUUCAAUAUUUUCUUCCCUCUCGAAAUUUUUUUUUAUUUUCUUGCAGGUCAUAGUGAAAUUCUUUGCCAACUUCAGUGGAUCUCUAGCAAAUGUCUUUUUCAUGGUCAGCCUUGGAAUUGGCAUUUAUUGGCUCAUAGUUUUCAAGGUAAGUAACUCUUGGAACUAGAAUAUUCCUGCAGGUAUCUGCACUGCAUCUUUCUUCCACUUGGAGGUGAUGUCAGAUGCCGCUGGAGGGGAAGAGGUGUAGCUCUUGUAGAAAGUCCUGUUCAGUCCCCAGCAUCUCAAGGCAGAGGGGGAAAGACUCCUGUCUGAAAUCCCAGAGAGUCAUUUCCAGUAGACAAUACUGAGCACAACAGGCCAAUAGCUAUAUUCAGUUUAAGGUAGCUUCCUGUGUUCUUUCCAGCCAAAUCAGUAAUAGCCAGUGUACUUGAAACAUAGGAGGCUACCUUUUAAAGAGUCAGACUACCUGGUCCACAUGGGCAUAGCUGCCCCAGCCCCCAGCAAAAAUCCUGGCUACACCCAUGCUGGUCCAUCUAGCUCAAUAGUGUCAAGACUGGCUGACAGCAGUUCUCCAGUCUCUCCCAGCCUUACUGGAGAUGGCAGGGAUUGGACUGGGGGCCUUCUGGUAUGCAAAGCAUGCACUCCGCCAUUGAGUUUGGUUCUCUGUUUGUUCCCGUAAUGAGGUUGCAGGUUCUGUGCUGGAACAGCCAUUACCUAAUUGCAAGGCGCUUAUGAGUUCUAAGCCCUGAAGAAUUGUCAGUAAGUAAAGGCCUUCAGAGGGACGCAGGUGGCACUGUGGGUUAAACCACAGAGCCUAGGACUUGCCAAUCAGAAGGUCAGCGGUUCGAAUCCCUGCGACGGGGUGAGCUCCCGUUGCUCGGUCCUUCUCUUGCCAACCUAGCAGUUCGAAAGCACAUCAAAGUGCAAGUAGAUAAAUAGGUACCACUCCAGCGGGAAGGUAGACAGUGUUUCCAUGCACUGCUCUGGUUCGCCAGAAACGGCUUAGUCAUGCUGGCCACAUGACUCGGAAGCUGUCUGCGGACCAACGCCGGCUCCCUCAGCCAGUAAAGCGAGAUGUGCGCCACAACCCCAGAGUCAGCCACGACUGGACCUAAUGGUCAGGGGUCCCUUUACCUUUUAAAGGCCUUCUCUGUUCCAUCCUCAUUUCCAGUCCUUCUUCCCAGGGUCAGCAGUUUUCUGCAGUUGAGAGGACACUGCCCACUGCUGGGAGCCAAAUAGAGACCAACUUUAUCAUCUACUUGUUGUCUGCUCUUGUGUUAAAGGUAAGAACAUUGGGAGAUACGGGCAUUUGAGAUGUCUCUGGCAUUGCAUCUCACAGAGAAAUGUCAAAGUUUUAAAAGAUGGCAUAUGUAACCACAACAAAAAACACUGACGGGAAAGGUUGUUAGGGCUGCCCUAUCCUGGAUGGAAAUAUCAUGCUGCUCAGUAAUUCAAGGGAUUUGAAGAACAUCAGUUGCUUUAGCAAGACUGAGACAGACUGGCACAGCUCCCUGGAGAGCAUGUCUAGGCUGUAGACCUAAUUUAGUUCAACUGGCAUCACUUUCCUCCAAGCGGCCCUGGGAAUUGUACCUCUGUGAGUCUUUUGCUAGCAGGUAAAAAGUGAUAGGUUUAAAAAGAAAACAAACCUUAGGUCCUGGGUAACAGCAGUUUUUAUUUACCCCAGCCUCUUUAUUCAGGCUGCUGUUGUUUUCAUUCUGCCACUGCUGCUUAUUUAUAGAAUGGUAGAGUUGGAAGGGACCCCAAGAGUCAUCUAGUCCAACCCCCUGCAAUAGUAUUAUUAUUAUUUCACUUAAUGCUUUUUUCAAAAGAUGUCUGUAGCUCACUUGCAAAUACUGUAUUUUUCCGUGCUUAAGCCAAUAUAUUUUCCUUAGAAAUAAUCAGCUAAAAUUGUGGGUUGUCUUAUAGACGGAUAUCAGAGGGGGGACUGGCGAUUGGUGAUAGUAGCCAGCAGGAAAUUAUCUGUGGUGAUUGUGCGUGUGAAGGUUGCUGCGGCAAGGCGUGCUGAUGAUUAGCUGCGGCUUUGACAAUUGGGCGGGCUAUUAACAGUAGCGGUGAGGCAUGCGUGCAAUUGGCUGUGGUUGCGUUGAGUGUGCUGCUGGGUUUUCUUCAGUGAGUGUGCAGAUGAUUGUUUGCCCCCCUCCCAAAAAAGCUCAACAACUUUGGACAAUUUCCCCCUAAUAUUUUUUGCUGCGGUCCCAAAAAUAGGGGUCAUCUUAUACAUAUAUAAAAUAAGGUAUAUACCAUGUUAGUGUUCAGAAUGGCUUAACUUAUAUUAUUUUGUUGUAAUUUCGAGUAGGGAAACCUGACUCACUCCAAAUGUUAUUGGACUAUAACUCCCAUCCUUCCUGACCAUUGGCCAUGCAGGUUGGGCACAGUGGGAGGUUUAGUCCAACAGCAUAUGGAGGGCCACAUGUUUCCAGGGUAGAGAGGCACCUCUUUGCCGUGGCCUUUGACACUUGAGGGGUACGUUUUUAGGAGUCACUCUGGGGAGAGUUCCAAGGGCCAGAUACAAAGGUCUGAUUCUGCCGUAAACCCUGCCAUAAGGUACUGAAUUUAAAGGGACCGCUGGCAUUCAGGCUUGGGGUACACCUCUGCCUAAGGCAAUGGGGCCAGUGGUUUGAGAGCUGCUAUUGGGAAUGUCACACUCUAAACCGCUGGACAACCUAUAUUUGCAUCACUGAGAAAUAACCCUCUGUGGAUGAUUUUGUUCCAGAGCUUGGACCUCAUACAUAUUCUGAUAACCCAGUUAACAGUUUCCAUCUUCCUGAUAGACUGGGAGAAGCCAAAGGAGAGAGGAACAGCAAAAGCAUCUAUGGGUAAAAGUUUGCCUUUGUUUUCUGAUAGGUGGUGUAUAGGGCUGUGUAAAGGAUGUGAUUUGAAGGCAGCAACUGAAUGUUGCAAAUUUCAAAACAGACAAAAGAAAGCAUCCAGCCAUGGAAGCAGAACAUAGUUAAUCAUGGCUAGUAGCCAUUGAUAGCCUUUACCUCCAUACAUUUGUCUAAUCCAUUUUAAUAGUCAUCCAAGUUUGUGGCCAUCAGUGCCUCCUGUGGGAGUGAAUUCCAUGGUUAAACUAUACGCUAUUUGAAGAAGUACUUUGUUUUGUCUGUUCUGAAUCCUCCAACAUUCAACUUCAUUGGGUGUCCACACAUUGUCGUGUUAGGAGUGAGAGUACAAAACUUGUCUCUGUCCACUUUCUCCAUUCCAUCUCUGUGCAGGGCAUGUAUAGACAGAGUGGUGCUCUCCAGACAUGGUUGUACAGUCAACUCACAUCUUGCGUAUGUUUAACUUGCAUGAUUUCUGCUUUUUGCACUUGGUGGCCAGCCAGCUAAAAUCGCACAAAUUAAAAAUACAGGGGGCGGAGAGCUUAAAAGCUUUUUGUGUGCAGGGUUUUCCUGGUGUGGAAAGAGCUCUUAAGCUGUCUGCCUUGCUCACUCGGCUCUUGGAGAUCUCGCGGGAACUCGGGCACCUUGAGAGAUCUCUCAAUAGCCUCCUAGAGCCCUGUAAGCAAGGCAGAGAGCUUAAGAGAGCUCUGCCUCGCUUGGCGGGUAACACCUGUUUGCUAUGCCGGGUCUAGAAAGGUAAGGAUGUUUGUGUAGGGGUGGUUCCAAGGGGGUGGUUUGACUGUACAUGUUUUUGUGUAUAUGUACCAUCCUUGAAGUGUAACCCCCCCCCACAAGGUUCAAGUUGACUAUACUGCAACUCCCAUUAUCCCUGAUCAAUGGCCAUACUUGAUGGGACUGAUGGUCAUCCAGCAGUAUUUGGAGAGCACCUCACUGGCUACCCAUGAUCUAGGGCUAGCCAAGGAGGAUAGCUGCUAGGGCAGCAUGCCAAUCAGUGCUCCAUCUACAAAUCUCUAAUUAGCUAGGAAGAAUCAUCCGAUGGCUUUCCCUCCCAGUCUCCUGUGACUGCAUCCAGUUCCAGGGUUGCGCUCAGCCAUUUUAGUUUAAAACACAGCCAAAAGUAAACCCCAUCUUAUCUUGCAUCCCUUCACAUGCCCUUUCAUUCCACCUACUAUUGUAUUCAGGCAAAAAGGGGUGGCCAUGGGGCUUCCUAGCAUUUUGUGGGAUGGAGCAUGAAACGUUUGACACUGCGUGCUUGCUACCGGAGGAUGUUCUUGAAGAUCUAAAGCUUUGACUCCCAGGAAAAUGAGGGCAAUGUUACCUACAGCACAUUCGCACAGCUGUUGUGUGAUACUUGCUUGUUUAAUUAGUGUUGGCAAAUCACUUUGAGGCCCUCGGUUCUUCUGGGAAAUCAGCAGGAGCCUGUUCCAGGAAGCAAGCUUGCUUCAGAUUGUAACGAUUUCAUAUCAGGAGAGGUAAAUUAACAUAAGCAAGGGCUCAAGGAAACCCAGGGGCGUUGAGCUUUGCACUUUGCCAAGAAUCCGAUAAGCUCAUGUGGAGUCUUCAAAUAAAGCCAAUUGUUUCAGCUUCAUUGUGUGUGUGUUUUAACCUCCCUCCCCUGCUUCAGGAUAUCAGAAGGCUACUUCCUCUGUGAGUGCCUGGAGAACUUUUCUGAUCGCUAAUGAGUGGAACGAGAUCCAGACCCACAGAAAAGUGAACCCUUCACUCCAGUUGUUUGCCGUCUUGCUGCUACUGGAGGUGAGAGAGAGCGAGAGAGAUUAAGGAAAGAAAGUAUCUGCUGUGCAGUCUCUGUGCUCUGCUACUGAUAACUUUCCUCUUUCUCAAGGUCACUGAUAUAAUAUACUUAGGACAACAGCAUGCACAACCUUCUGCACAGAUUGCCAGGGGUGCAAAAACUUCUGCCAAACUUGGAAGACAGUUAGAUUUUCUAAGGGCCAGCUCAGAGGCAGGAGGAGAGGAAGUGUCCAUUUGGAUUGGUAGAGUAGAAGGCAGGGAGACCAGCAGUAAGUGGAGCCAGAGCCAGGACAGGCAGAGGUAACAUGCUAAAUUCCACAAGGGCAACACUGAGACUAAUGGAGGAAGAAGCUAGAAGGCAGGACACGGAGGUUGCCAUCAUCUUCUUCUUUCUUCUCUGGCGAUCACCUGUAGCCAAAUAAGAUUGUUUUAACAAAGAGUCCGUAAGUGACUGUGGAGGCCAAUUCUGGACCCACACGUCCUUCCACAGUGGGGACAUUGGUUCCCGGGCGGGAUUUGAUCAUGGUGUGGAUUUGCCAAGCGUGCCUUCCUCUUAGCACGUUUCUCCCUUGCGUUCUGAGUUCGAGUGUUUUCAAAGUCCAUGACACCUUUGGUGAAGGCUGGUCUCCAACUGGAGCGAUUGCAGGCCAGUGUUUCCCAGUUGUCGGUGUUUAUACAACAUUUUUUUAGAUUUGCCUUGAGACAGUCUUUAAACCUCUUUUGUUGACCACCAGCAUUAUGCUUUCCAUUUUUAAGUUCAGAAUAGAGUAGUUGCUUUGGAAGACGAUAAUCAGGCAUCCGCACAACAUGACCAGUCCAACAAAGUUGAUGUUGAAGAAUCAUUGCUUCAACACUGGUGAUUUUUGCUUCAUCCAGUACACCGAUAUUAGUUCGCCUGUCAUCCCAAGUGAUGUGUAAGAUUUUUUGGAGACACCGUUGAUGGAAUCUUUCGAGAAGUUGAAGAUGGCGUUUGUAAGUGGUCCAUGUUUCACAAGCAUACAGCAAGGUUGGUAGCACAAUAGCUUUGUAAACAAGCAUUUUGGUUUCCCUGUGAAUGUCCCGGUCCUCAGACACUCUGCACUUCAGUCGGGAGAGAGACGCACUCGCAGAGCUCAGGUGAUGCUGGAUUUCGGCAUCAGUGUUGACCCUUGUGGAAAGAUAACUGCCUGGGUAGGAGAAGUGAUCAACAUUUUCCAACGUUACACCACAUAGGGCCAUCAUGACUAAUAAUCCUUGGUAGGCCCCUCUGCCUACAUUAAUUUGUCUGAUCCCCUUUGUUAAGAUAUUUAAGCUAUUGGCCAACACCACAUCACCCUUUGCCCAUCAGUUUUUACUGAAGUGUUUGACACAAUAAAGACAAUUUAAAAUAAUCACUGUACUUCUAGUUUUUAUAAGACCUUGCAGUGUUUUUAAUAUGGUGGUGCAGUUUAAAAAUAUUUAAAGAAAGGAAAAUAAAAUAAACCAUGGGCCUAACUUAUGACCUUACAGUGUCUUCAUGUAACUUAUAAAUUGGGCAUUUCUAAAGCUUUUUAAUUCUCCAAAUUACAAUGUGGUUGACUCAGCAGCCCUCUCAACUCUUAUGACUAUGUAAUCAAUCCAGUUUUAUGGGGGGUGGGGGAGCCAUAUCCCUGGGCCCACUCAGUGAGGUUGAGAAGAGACUUAGGCCCAAAUCCCACUAUGUUCUGUUGAAGUGGGGACCAAACAGGCUUCUUUUAAUUUCUAGGUGGUGGGGCUUAAGAAUCUCACAUCAAGAGACCUGAAUGUGAAUCUGCAUCCGGGACCAAAUGCCUAUCAUGCUCCUUGGAGCCCAAUUCUUCGGUUUGGGAUUGCUGCUUCUGUUUGGCUGGCAGUGGGGAUUGUACAGGUAAUCUUUCUCACAGAGUUUGGUUUAACUAAAGCUGCGUACACACUAUAGCUUAAAAGCAUAUUUGAAGCACAUUUUGUCUCUCAGAAUUUACGGCAUUGUAGUUUGUUAAGGGUUUCUGGGAAUUGUGCUCUGUGAGGAGUAAAUGACAGUGCCCAAAAUUGUUUGAGGGAAAGAAUGUGUUUCCAAGGUAUAGUGUGUACACAGCCUAAGAAUAUAUAUAUAUCCUUGAUGCUGUAUUAGAAUAAAGGGCUAUCUAGGUCAUUCUACAUCUCCUCUUCCUUUAGUGCUAGUGUGGAAAAAUGUAACAAAUGCAAAACCAAGAGCAAUAGCUAACCGUUUUUGAAAGGUCCUUAGGUAGGUAACAUGACAAAAGAAGUCAGCAAUCUUAUUGUGUGCAUGUUGUAGGACACCCUCAAAGACCUCAUUUGCUAUAUUAAGAAAUAAGGCCAAGGUCGCCAACCUUUUGGACUAGUGGACCCAUUUUGGAUUUUGAAAGAGUGCUGGCUUGGGGUGUCAGUCACAAAAUGGGUGCCAUGGAGAGGUUGUGGCAAAACACAAAAUGGUUGCCAUGGGGAGCAUGGCAUAACACAAAAAUGAGAGAGGCAGCCAUCCUUGGCAGCCUAACAGAGCACUUUAAUUGUGCAAAUCUAAGUUUCCAGUAUGCGCUUGAACCCCUCCUGUAAAAUGAGGCACCCUUUGAGUAUUGCUGCUGCUGAGGAACCUAGCGUGUGUUCUUGCCUACCAUAAUUACAGGGUGAUUAUAGGCAGCAUGCCUUUUUUUUAAACAGGUGCUGUUUUCUGUUGGGUUAUAUGAGCGGUUUGUAGAGGACAAGAUUCACCAGUUUGUUGAUCUUUGUUCCCUGAGCAAUGUGAGUCGCAUUAUAUUUAUUUAACAGGAUUUCUAUACAGUGCAGCUUAAUCAUUCAAACUGCUAAGCAGUUUAUGUUCAUGUACUUAUUUACUAUAUUCCUUCACCAAAUGGUCCCAGUGUGGAUUACAAAAAUAUCACAAAUUUAAAAAAUACACCUUCAUUAAAAUAACAAAUUUUUAUUAUUUUAUUUGAAUGCUAUGAGAGCCCGUGUGGCAUAGUGGUUAGAAGACAACCUGGGAGACCAGGGUUCAAAUCCUCCCUUGGCCAUGAAGCUCACUGGGUGGCCUUGGGCUAUCACUGUCUCUCAGCCUAACCUACCUCACAGGGUUGUUGUGAGGAUAAAAUGUCAGGAGAAGAGAACCGUACAAAUGUAAUAAAUAAAUAUGAAAAUUACAAUCAUAAGGCAAGCCAAUAACAAAACAGUGCAGAGCAACAAAUGGCUGAGCUGCAUAGAGAUAAAAGUUUGGCCAUGCGCCAUUAGCCAAAGUCACCACAGGACCAGUUUGUUCACUAUCCUUCUCCAAGAUGGGCAAGCAGGGUAUUAUCAUAACAAAUUAAUUAUACAGGCCUUCUAGUGACUCAUAACUGACUAGUUUAUUUAGUGUAUUUACAAUCUGCUGUUCAAUUUGAAUAGAAUUUCCAAAGCUGCUGCUGAUGGUAGUAUUUGUUGUGGUAGUAGUAAUAAUAGGAAAACAAAUUUUAAAAUUCUUAAAACAACAACAGCAUUAAAGCACUGGGGCAAAGUAAACACCAACACCAGGUAAAAUCAGCAGAUGAAAUGCAUUCAGUAUGAAAGCCAUCUGAUCAUUGGUAAAUUAAAACCAUACUAAAAUGAUUGAGUGGUGAUUUUGUAAAGUCUUCAUCUGCCUAUGGAAGUCUGCCUGGGGAGAGGACAUUCUUUAACUGGGGCACCUGCCCCCAAAAGGCCCAGAUAUGUUGGGUGUGGUUGAAUUGCUCUAGAGUGGAGUCUUAAUUGUGCCAUUGUUAAUCAGUAAACAAGCUUUGAUUACAAUCGUGUUCAAACAUGUUCUGAAACUGUAUUGCCCAUUUGAAAAAUGGUUGCGUGCUUCAUUUGCCUCUCCCUGUCCCUCUAGGUGUCAGUGUUCAUAUUGACACACAGAUGUUAUGGUUUCUACAUCCAUGGGAGAAGUGUCCAUGGACAGGCAGAUGUGGGCAUGGACACCAUGCUCACCUAUAUCAGGAAGGAGGAGGUAAUAGUGUCUACUGGUCCAUCCAUCUGUCCUUUCUCUUUAUGACAAUUACUUUGUGCACCUGGGAAGGCUAUAUCUCCCUGUUGGAUUUGCCCAUUUUCAAGUGAGCUUGCCAGGAUUUAAACCCCAUUAGCUACUAUUUUUACAAGGCUAUGGCGAUCAUGAUUCAACUGAAACCGGAGGGAGUUGAAAGGUAGAACUUGUGGAUUUUAUAGUCACCACAUCACCCCGCCCCCCAAUAAAUAAUAGGAAUUCUGGACAACAGCCAUACAAGAAAUAUGUAAAAUAACUAAGCAAGUAAUAGACAUCACCCCAGAAUUGGCCCUACUAAACAUCUUCCAAGACAACAAUGCCCAUUUACACCACAAAGAACUCAUAACCCACCUACUUUCAGCAGCCAGAAACACCAUAACCAGACACUGGAGAGACCUGUCAGGAGUAAGCAUGGACCAAUGGUACCAAAUAGUAUGGGAAACAGCCCUACUAGAAAAAUUAACUAAUAAACUGAAACUGACACGGGGACAAACAGAAGAAGACGCCUUCACCCCGGUAUGGCUCCCCUUUAUCACAUACACAGCCCAACAGGACAAUGACAAUAAUCCACCAAUAGCAUACAAAUCAAUAUGGCUAACCUGAUCCAAAACACACACCCACCUCACUCACACACGAAAACAAAGAUCACCACAGCCAAUCACAAGCAAACAAUCACACCCUAGACCAACCCCAACCUCUCUCACCACCAAAGGAACACAAGUGAACAACACAAGCAACGCUGACACCAAAAUCUACAUACAUUAAACAUAAUAGAAACACCGUCACCCAACCCCACCCCCAUCCAUCUUCCCUCUCUCCACCCCCCCUUUUCCUUUUUCCUUUUUUUCUUCUCCCCUUAAUGCCUCAACAAAUGAAAUGGAUUUGUAAAAAUGUUACAUGGGAAAAAAAAUACGAGGCAUUACACUUACUUCUGUAAAACAAGAAAAUCCUUAAUAAAAUAUUAAAAAUAAAAUAAAAUAAAAAAAAUAAUAGGAACAUUGUUAUCAAUUCCAUUAGGUCUUGUGCAAAAAUAAGGCAUGGGGCAAGGUUUCUAUGACUCUAUUCACACUCCCAUUUCCUGGGCACUCGCUGGGUUUUAAUCCAUGUUCACUUGAUGUUAUCUCAAAGGCAUAUGUAUCCUGUACUUUGUUAUAAAAUGCUAGAUGAGUUGUUUCUCAAAUCCACUUUAGGCCUAGUCCUUAAGCUGUUUGUAUGAACAUCUUGGCAGAGGGUCAAGACAUCCCCUGCCCAGUCAACACUGCCUAGUGUCUACAGAAACAAAUCUGACAUAAAUAAAGCCCUGUUGAUGUGAACAACUAGGGGGUAAAGAGCUGUGAAAUGUGCAGGGGGCACGGAACAACUUCACUGUGCUUUAAGAUGGUAAUGUGAACACACCCUUAGUCAAAGGAAUGUGAACUCCAAUAUGGUUUGAGCCUUGGCUGGCACGUCUCUCCCUCCCUCUCCAGAAGAGAUCUCUGAUGUCAGAUCUCUGAUAUUUAUGCUUUGUACUUCCCAAUUAUUAUUCUUUCCACCCCUUCCAUUGGUUCUCUCCACAGGAGAACCUCUGUGCUCUGAGAGGCCUGGAGGCCUACUCUGAUGUGCAAACAUUUGAGGUGCUUCUUACUGACAGGACUCGAGCAUUCUAUGACAGAAUAACUCUAUCUUUCAUGGAGGUACAGUACCUAAUCCUAUUUACUCAGUAAUUGUUAGACAAUGAUAUUGGUCAGCUGUGCAAAGUAUUACUUAGAAAUGAUGAUGCCUUCGAGGGUGGAAGCUGUCAGGCCCGGGGGCCACAUGCAGACUCUGGGACUCUCUGUCUGGCCUUUGGGAUGCUCCCCACAGUCUUCAGGGUGCCACAAAACUUGGUUGUUUUCACUUCUUGAUCAAAAGCUAACCUUAGUUGAGCUUUCUUUUGCUGAGCUCCUUCAAGGAACAGCAGCCUGCUAGGCUACAGGCAACCCUCCCGUUUUCCCCUCCACUUUUUAAUUUAAAACUCUGUCUGUGCAUGGAAGCCAGCGCUCCAGAACAGCAGGUGAAAAUUGAGCCAAGAUCCCUGCUGCCAAAGGCAAGAUCUGAGUGAAAACAAAUAGAUGUAUUUAAAAAAAACCUCUUCAAUUGGGAAUGCCAAGUAACUGGCACAAACUUUAAAAGUCUGUGCACUUUUUCUGUGACAGGUUCCCAGAGGAGCCCACAUCCGACCUGACCUUCACAAACAGAGACUAAAUGGCUACUUUGCCUUGAAUCGCUUUCUGGUCUCCUUUUUUGAACAUGUGAGUCUUUGGCUACCUCUGUCUACUCUUUGUCUACUAUUGUACUAUUGUCUCCUAUUUGUACUGGGUAUUUGUAUCCAUGGUGUGUUCUACACAAAGUGUUUUGCUUUAUAUACAAAUAAUGGGGGCCAGCGUCAAGGACCAACAUAGUCAGGCAUCUACCAAGGGACCACUGACAAGAACCUCUUGGAGCUGCUCUUUCAUCAUUGCUCACUCACCUUUUAUUCUGACCCAGACAAUGGUGAGGGGGAGCUUAAGAUGUCACUGCUUGCUUACUCAUUGGGACUAUUUCUGCCAAGCAAGCCAGUGAUAACUCAGAUGAGGAAGGUAGAGAUGGACCACUGCCUGGGUGGUCUAUCAGGUCUUCUUAAAAUAAUAAUAGGAGGGUAGCCUAGCCAAACCAAACCAAACCAGGGCUGUUAAGAGAGUCAUGGCGGUCGCUAACAAGACAAUGGAACAUCUUGCUCCAGGUGUGAUCAGAGACUGGAGAUUUGGAUGGUUGCCACGGUAACUGCUUUGGGGCAGGGCAAGAGGCUUCUGGGAAGGAGGAAGGCUGAGAUUUAUCUUGGUGAGGGAGGACCGCCUGCAAUGCUUUGGGCCAUGCUGUAAGAUCUGGACCCCCUCCAUGCAGACUGAGGGUGUAAAUAGGCAAAUAAACCCUAUUUCCUAAAGCACGAUCAUCUCCACAGUGUCUUCUAUUCUCCAAAGGGGCACAGACCCUGUGUGGUUGCCUGUGAUCCCAUGCGCUCUGGCCACUGCUUGGCAGAGAGAGGGGGCAGGCACCAGGCUUUUGUAACAUAAUAUAGGAAGCCAUUUUGAUGGUGAUGUCAUGUGGAUGCAGCCCACAGCUUCUUUACAUGAGCAGCAACACUUGAGUCCACAGUAAACUGCCAUGUGGAAGUACCCUUAGUUAAUGUUUCCCCCCUUGUCUUUGUGCAUUUAGUGUCAUCGUGCAGGCCCAGCUGUGUUGGAAAUGAAUUAUAAGUGAGUCAUCUUGUACUGACAUAUUUCUUUCACUUUUAAUUAUCUCCUAACUCCCUCCACCCUUUAGAGAUACAAAGAUAUGGACUACAUGGUGAAGGACAAAUUUUUCCUGGAGCGGAUCAUGGACAUGGAAUUCCAAGAACCAGGGGACAUUUCCACUCUCUAUAAUGGUAUUCCAAACACUUACCAGUGGGAAAUGGUUUAUAAGCUUCUGCACUGGGUAUUGCCUUUUAUUAGCUCACAUCCACACCAUAUAUUUAGAGAACUAUUGUGCUACUUUAACAAUAUAUUUAUUGGUUUAUUUCAUUUAUAUCCCACUGAUUUCUCCAAGGAGUUCAAGUUAGUAUAGUUGGUUCUCCCUGUCCUCAUUUACUUCCCAGAACAACCCUGCGAAGAAGGUUAGGGUGAGAGAUAGUGAGUGCCCACAGUCACCCACUGAAAUUCAUGUCUGAGUGGGGAUUUCAGCCUGGUCUUCUUGGUCCUAGUAUGACACUCUAGCUGCUAUACCACACUUGCUGCCACAGGAAUUUAACUUUGUUAAGGGUGCUGACUUCACAGAGCUACCAGUUCUUAACAGUCCUGGGAGAUGCUGAGCUCCAUAAUGAGAUGAAUGAGCCCAUGACUGCUCAAACAGAAACCAAUCAAAUGCAAGGAAUGGAUAUGUGCUAUUUACUGUACCACUGAUGGUUGAAGUAUGUCACUAACCAUUAUACCAGUCUGUGAGACAUGCCCACAUUUAGGAUACUGCUCCUUGAUAUUUGUAGAUGUUCACACACUCUUAAAUUAUUUUCCUGUGGCAUGGAAACUAACAGGUGGACAAUAAAAGUGGACCCUGCAAGACCUUAUGGUUAUAAAGAGGCUUAGAUCACAUGCACACCAUACAUUUAAAGAACACCUUUGCCACUUUAACCGUCAUGGAUCAUCCUGGGAACUGUAGUUUGUUCAGGGUGUUGAAAAUCGUAGCUCUCUGAGGUCAGCACCCUUAACAAAUAACAGUUCCCAGGAUUUUCCAUGACUGUUAAAGUGGUGUAAAAGUGCUUUAAGUGGUGGCUGGUGUCUGUUAAGACUGGUAAAGCAGGAGGCAGGGAGUCCACCAGUAGAUGGAGCCAGAGCCAGGACAGGCAGAGACACCCCCUGGCUGACUGUAAGUAAGGGUCAUAGGGUUGCCAUAUUUCAAAAAGUGAAAAUCCAUGCACACAAUGUCAAAAUUCACCAAAAUCUACAUAGCCGAAACCCAGCUAUAUCUGGGAAAUUCUGGACGUAUGGCGACCCUAGUGGGACAGUGACCCAUUUGCCCUAAUGGUCCAGCCUCCACUGUAUGUUUCAAAUGUGUGGUCUGGAUGUGGCAAUACAGAUUCUAUUUUGGGAUGCAUUUUUUUUCUGGAAACGGAGUAAUUGCUGUGAGAGUAAAAAGGGUAGAAAUCUGAAAAAGAUAUUAUUUUCCUCUUCCUCUAGAUGACCGUGCUUUAUUUAGCAGAACACUUUUCUACAGUCAUGAACUGGUGCUGCUGCUCUUUGAAAUCCUUGUCUUCUCUGCUGUAGAUUUGGCAGCGCAGGAUUUUGUAUUGUCAACAAUUGUGACCUUUGUCGUGCAAAAGGUAAAUGGUUUUGUGACACCAGGUGCAUGAUAUAUCUCUAAAGGGUAGGGAUUGGGGUGGUGAUUUGGGUCAGUUCACAUUUUCAUACAUACCCACCUAAUUCUCACUUCACAAAACAAUACACAAACUGAAAUGCUGCUAUGCUUUGAAAUUCACAGUUCUCCCAAUUUAGUGAUGGACUUCUCCAACCAAUGCAUACAAGAAUACAUAUAUUGGGAGAAAUACCCACUAAAAUGGUGACAGAUUUUCAUGAGGCCUUAAAAAGAAAAAAAUGCCAAUUGAUGCAGAACUAAAGUUUGGAGAAAGUGAGAAAAUAUGAAAUUGACAGCUUUGUCCUUAGAGGAUGGGAUGUUAAUUUUACUCUCUUAAGAAUAUGCUUGGAAUGGGGAAAUCAGUGGAGGGUUCUGCCCCUCUCAUUUAUUGUGAGAGUGGGUAAAAACUGAGGGUUACGGAAUGGUAUUGUCAGGCAGUAGACACAAGCAGGGCUGUCUUAAGCAUAUCCGGCGCCGUGGUGCAAAUAUCUCUCCGCCCCCCCCCCAAUUUCCCAGAGUUGUCUACCUUUUUUAGGGGGGGGGGGCUUUGGUCCGGCUUGUUUACAUUGUGUGGUCCUACACGCACUCAGCACUGCACGUAAGUAAGAGGCACCCAGAUCGCAGCCCAGACAGCCUCCCGUGCCCUCCCGCAAAGCCUCCCUCUAAGCGCCCGGCGCCCCUUACCUUCCCCCGUCCAGGGAAGUCUGUGCGACAGGAGGGCCAGCAAGCAGAUCAGGUGGCUCGCCACCUGUCCCAUCCUUGCAGCGCGCUCCGAUGGGCAGCUGAGGAGAGGAGUGGACUGCCCCAGAGCAGGGAAGGGAGCAUGCCCUGACUCUCCUUCCUGGACACUCAGCCUGUGGCGCCCUCCAAAAUCUGGCACCCUGGCAUCCCACGCCACUAACGUCUAUGGGUAAGACACCCCUGGACGCAGGAGAAAACCAAGAACAUGUUUAAUGUGAUGGGUGUGUUGCCUCCCAUUUUAACCAAAAAUCCACAGACACACCAUGAGCCACCUGAAUGCAGCUGGUGGACCACUGGUGCUCCAUGUGCCACAGUUUGGGUACCUUCACAAUAGACAUGUGUCUUUAUUGCACUCCUUUGACUUUCAGUUUGUGAAGAUGCUUCGCAACACACUUGGAAGGAGGAACCUGGCUGAGAAAACCUUGGUGGAGAAGCAAUUCCUAAUCUAGUACUGAACAACAAGCUGUUAAUCUUGAAUCUACAUUCCCUGGCUGUGGAGUUGCAGCUGCUAAUUGAAGAUGUAGUGAAACAUUUAGGACACCUUAUCUGUUCAGCCCCAGAACUGUGGCAUGCACAUCUUUCAUAUGAAUUACAGAACUCUGCCCAGGGAAUCUGUUCUUGCUGUCAAAGUUCAGUGCCAAAGCAUGUGAAGUAGCAUAAGUACCUUUGAGCAUUGGCCAUGCAUCUUUCCCAAAGUAGCAAUGAAGUGACAGUAAAUCUUCACAUACCUAUUUUAAGUCGCAUGGCUUCCCAGCACACAUGGGCCUUAGCACUUCUUGGCUUGAAAUUUUCAGCACUAGUGGGUGUGAAUUGGUAAAAAAGCAAAACGAAACAAAACACCAAUACUGUGCUCCUGCAUGUUCCAACAGGACAAAAACAAUCACAGACCAUGGGCUCUGCAGUCAGUUGCUGAACAGAAGGUAGUGGUUGGUCUGCAGCAGAGUGGCUUAAACAUGACUCAUGGGCUGCAUAUAAUAGUUUUUUGUGGCUCAACACCCACAACACUGAUUAUUUAAAAACAAAAUUUUAAAAAAUGACUGCUCCCAUGGAUCCCUUGCUCUGAUUCUAUUAGGCUAACAGUUGUUUUUCUUAUCUUACUCGCCCUGCAAUGUUUUUGCAAUGUUUCCCUUCUUCAUCUUAGUAGUAGUAUUAGAAGUAUAUUGACUUUUACACUUUGGUCACACAUUCUGGCAUGCAGCCCCUGAAGGACUGACCAUGUGUUGAUGCAGCCCUUGGUAUGAAAACGUUUAGCCACAAGCGGAAGAGGUACUGUUCUUUUGUGUGAGAGAGCAUUAAAUUACACUUCUAAGCACAUAUGGCUGGCCAGUCUAAAGGCCUCCUACGAGCCAGCCAAUCUCAGGUGCCCGGUUUUACACAACACCAUUCUCUUCUGUGUCUAAAGGGCAGUGUCUAAAAUGGUGUCCCAGGCAAGGAAUAUCUUCAGCUCUCCCCUUCCAAUUAAUUCAGUGUUUCAAUACAUUGAGUUGUCCCGGCUGCAACAAAACAUGACUCUCCCACAUCAGUCUCUACAGCCAAAGCAGGCGUGUAACCUUCCAGUUGUUUGAUUUCACCCUCAAAAGCACACUCCUCCAUUGUAUCCUGAGAUAGACGGAUGCCAACAACAACACAUUGAGUUUUUAAAAAUCAUGUUUGUAACGCAUUUCACAAUUUAUACUUGUAUGAGCUGAUUUGUGCACAUGGAUCUGAUCACAGUCCCUUACAAACACUCUGGCACACGUACCAUUUGUUUACUGGGCAUUGAUGUGAUGUUGUACAUUUUCUUAAAAAUUAAAAAGAUUUUAACGUAAUGCUGGCAUCAGCUUUACAAGUGAAUGUG